GGCGACUAUUUGUUGACAGAGGCACGUGGGCCUCGCGGAGAUGGUAAGUGUCAUGGAUGGACACGUGUGCGGACGCUGACGAGGAGUUGUAGACGACUCGGAGGAGAGCGACAGGUGGUCGAUCGGUUCCUUCGUGGUGAAGGAUAGGGAGCAGGGCGACUUUGGGGCGGUGUCCCUAGGGAGCUCGACUUGUUCAAGUUCGGAGGACGAGUCUAUGGAGCGUGAGUCUCUGGUGCCAUGCACGCCUCGCCCUGGCAGGGCAGGCUUAUCCGGGUCAGCAGCGGUGCCUGUGAUGAUCUCGUCUUCGUCGUGUCCUAGUUCACCGCCUCGUUUGGAGCGAGGGCGGAAGAGGCGACGGAUUGAGGUGUCCGGUAGCAGCCAGGAGGAUGGUGAGUCCUGGGGAGAGGAGUCACCAUUAUUGUCUCGGUUUCGGAAAGGGACGAGGAGCGGGACAGCAGGACGUGAAGCACCGACGGAGACGGGGCUGGUGAUCGAGCAGAUGGCGAGCGAGAUUGGUGAGUACGUCGCUGAGCGCGUGAAGUUUGUUCUGACUCAGUUGGUGGAUCCAACUCAGAGUGAGGCAGCCUUGCAGAGGGCUGUGAGUGUGCUUGGCUCUCUCCGGGAGGGAGGGCGGCAGUUGUGUGAGGAUGUGGUGCAGCCGGAUGGUAGUGGUGUGACAUUGCAGGGCCCCGGUCGCGCGGGCGCGCACCUUUCUUCCUCCUCGUCUUCCUUUCGCUGGCGCACUUCCAACUUGCCUGCAACAGUAGUUGGGUCUGGUCCGGAGGGCGAGUGUUGAACAUGUCUAUGGGUACUUGGUGGUGCCUUGGCCACGGGGAGCGGUAGCUCCCGGACUUGACGUGACUUGUCCGCAGUGGCGGGUGUUCAGAACUAGCAGAGGCUGGAUGUGGAGAGGGUCUCUCUUUGCAGCGCGCUUGGAGGAGGUAUUGGUGUUACGUUUGUAGCACUUGCGGAGGCCUUCUGUGUAUACGGCCGUAGGUGGAGGACUGUGUACUUAUGAAACUGGGUGGAAGUAGAUAGGAUCAUCUGGAUAUUGUGGC